AUGGCCACCACUACUGCCACUGAAUUGACUCCCUGGGAGGUCAAACUCCGAGAGACUGCAGCCUUGUAUCAGUCUUGCGCCCAGGAAGAUAACUUGGAUGCGUAUUUUGAGGUUCAUCAUUCAGCCUUUGGGGUGAGCCUCAAGGGCAACACUCUCGCGUCUGGUGAUACUGCCAAGCCUCAAGAAGCCCAGUACUCGCUGCUCAAGGCUGUUGAUGAAAGAGGUGAACUGAAAGCACUGGGAAAGCAGAUGAUUGAAGAACAUCAGGAAGUUGCCGACCAUGUCAAAGCUACUUCUGACGCGAUCAAGAAAGAGGGUACUGGGAAACAGAGAGCAAUGGACUUGCUGGAGAAAGGCAGAAAAGAAGCCAUUGACAAAUCAACUGCAAUCAUCAACAAGCAGUUCGAUCGGGCCAGAGAUAUCAUUGCGACACUACCCGAGGACAAACAGGAAGCCGCUGCCGAUCUCUGGGUCAAUCUCACCAACAGGUUCCUCGGAUUCUGGAAGAUGGUGUCGGAUGCGAUUUAUGGAGUUUUGAGAGCUGUUAUCGAUUGGCUUGAGAAUAUGUGGGAGACGGUGAAGCAGCGCUGGGAGGAUGUAAAGACUACUUUCCGGCACGCUUGGGAAUGGUUUCAUUCUUUGUUUCAUUAG